AUGGCGAGCACUCGUGAUUCUCACUCAUUUGCUUGCGAUGAAUGCCGCUUGCGCAAGUCAAGAUGUUCGAAAGAGCGUCCAGUCUGUCUGCAAUGCAGACAGCUGAACAAAGAAUGUAUAUACAGUCCGAAAGUCAACAGGAGUCCUCUGACUCGGCAACACUUGACCUAUGUCGAAGAUCGUCUACACUCAUUUGAAACGGCUCUGGGAAGGUUGUUCCCAGGCGGCGAUCUGGAUGCUACCCUUCGUUCUCUUUUGCAAAACCCAGAGGUCCCAAGGGCCCCGUCAUCCAAGUCCUCAUCAAGGCAUUCUACCCCGGCCAAGCAUGAGGCAGAAAGGGCCGAGCCAGCGCCAGAAGCUCUCCCACAACAAGCUGAUGGCUUUGACUGGGCUGAGAAAGAAAUCACACGUGAUCUGACGGACGGCAUGGCUGCGCUGUCAAUCAGGCCCGAAGGAGCUGGCUACUUUGGAGCUUCUUCAAGUGUUGUACCACUUAGAGCACUUUUUGAUCAUGGGUUUGACUUGAAUAUUCCUGUUCGCUCGGCAAGGUCAGGAGGGGUGCCUCUAAAAUCACAGCUCCUGGAGAGUGCCCCAUCCGGGCUGAUUGAACAAGCGUUCAUCGACGCCUUCUUCCUCAACUAUCAUACCAGCUAUCCGUUUGUCCACGAGCCUACAUUCCGGAUGCAGUUUAGUGACCCGUCAUUACGUCCACAUGGUACGGCCUGGCAUAUCCUCCUGAACACGAUUCUCGCCCUUGGUGCAUGGAGUAUCGGCGACGACAGCUCAGACCUUGAUAUCACGUUCUAUCAAGAAGCCAGGGGAUACUUGCAGCAAGCAUCUGUAUUCGAAACUGGCAACCUGACUUUAGUCCAAGGAUUAUUGUUAUUGAGCAACUAUGCACAGAAGCGAAACAAGCCCAACACCGGAUGGAACUAUCUCGGUCUGGCAGUUCGAAUGGCCAUGAGCCUAGGUCUCCACAAGGAGUUCCCCGGCUGGAAAAUCAGUCUCCUGCAAAGAGAAAUUCGCAGAAGACUGUGGUGGGGGGUGUUCAUCUUCGACAGCGGUGCAGCGAAAACUUUUGGAAGACCAAUUCUCCUUCCAGAAGACAGUGUCAUGGAUGCCAAGCAAGUUCGAAACAUCCCCGAAGAGGCCUUGACUCCGACAACGACAACUCUCCCAGCCGAAUCACCCGGCCCAACCAUUUACUCAGGCUUAAUUGCCCAAGCACGCUUCCACCUCCUCACCAACAGCGUCUACCAAAGACUCAUCUCGAGCCCCAGCCUCACUCCAGAAGAUACUCUGAACCUACAAAAGCCCAUCGAAGAGUGGUACAACGGUCUCCCACCUUACCUCAAACACCCCCAGCUCCCUCUAUCUAUGCAGCCAACGAAUCCAGACCCAGACUCGCUCGCCCUCGUGCGCAACCGCCUGCUCUGGCGAAACUGGAACCUCACAAUCCUGAUUUACAGGCCUAUCCUUCUCCGCUGGGCCGCUAGACGCUGGGCCCCACUUAGCGGCAGCGGACCAGGCACGCCAGACGGAGGCAGCGAAGAUCCCUGCGAAACAGAGUGCCGAUUACGAUGUCUACAGAACGCACGACUAACCAUCUCCUCGAUAUCCGAGUACAUGGAGAACUACAUCUGCACCAGACUAGGAGCCUGGUACAUGCUCUACUUCCUCUUCCAAGCCGGCCUAAUCCCAAUAGUCUUCCUAAUGACCGACCCCUCAAACCCCGAAGCCGCCACCUGGCUCCAAGACAUCGAAACCACAAAAUCCCUCCUCACACACCCAUCCCUCGGCACAAACAGUUUCGCAAUUCGCUGUUUAGAAGUCAUCAAUCGUCUCCUCGGCCCGCCAACAAACCAAGACCCAGUCGUCCCUGGUCUUUUAGACGGAGACCAGAAACACGACCCGCAGCACUACGAUCACCAGCACAUACCGCAGACACAGCCUAUCAUGCCGUUCCCGGAGCAGUUGUUCAGUGAUCCAGGAUUUGGGGGCAGUUUAUUUCCUGUUGAGCAGCAGAUGCAGAUGCAUAAUGCUGGGGGAAUGGAUUUCUCCGAUUGGGUGAAUUUCGGGCCUGUGGAAUGA